GGUGAGAGGGAGUGAAGGUGGGUGGUGGGGGCAGGGGCCAUUGAAGCGUAGCUCCUGCAGCCUGGUGAGCCUGUGUGCCCAGGAGCUGCGGCUGUACCUGUCUCUUAUUCAAGUGUAAGUCUGGGUUUGUAGUGAUCCCCGAGCGUCCUCCCUCCGGGUGUGAGGGGUGUGGUGUCCACGCUGGUGCGCGGGCGCCCCUCCGCGGGCAGUGCACGGACCACAGCCUGGCAGAGUAGCCAUGGCGGAUGAGAAGACCUUUCGCAUCGGCUUCAUCGUGCUGGGGUUCUUCCUGUUGGCCCUUGGCACGUUCCUCAUGAGCCACGACCGGCCCCAGGUUUACGGCACCUUCUACGCCAUGGGCGGCGUCAUGGUGAUCGGGGGCGUCAUCUGGAGCAUGUGCCAGUGCUACCCCAAGAUUGCCUUCAUCCCUGCUGACUCUGAAUUCCAAGGCAUCCUGUCCUCAAAGACAACAGGCUUGCUGGAGAACGGACUCACUGCCACUGCCGAGACGAAGAGCCCCCAGUCUCCCUAUGUAAGGCUGUGGGAGGAAGCUGCCUAUGACCAGAGCUUGCCUGACUUCAGCCACAUCCAGAUGAAGGUCAUGGGCUACAGUGAAGAUCCCCGCUCCCUGCUGACCCCUGAGCUGGGACAGCAGCAGCUGGAAGCUAGUGACAGAGGGAAAGGCAGCCCUCGUGAGGCUCAGGCCCGGAUGGAGGCUCCUGUGGUCAUCCACAGGGGCUCGGAUGAGGUCGGGGGAGAAAGAAACCCAACUCAGAGCGGCCCCAGCCCCCCAGGGGGUCCCCACGGCUGUGCACCCUUGGCUUCCUUCCAAGAUGACCUGGAUUUGGGCUCCAGUGAGGACAGCAGCCCCAACCUGUCUCCACCUGAGGGGGAGGAGCCCUGGGCCUGCAGGUGCCACCUGGACCGCUUCCAGGACUUUGAUCUGAUCGAUGCCCCUGCGUCAGAGGACACACAUCCAGAGAGGCAGGGGCAGGACACAGCCUUACCAAGCUACUGGCAGCAGUCCCCGAGGACAAAAGAGGAGGAUGAGGCUUCAGACACGGGUGUAGAGGAGCCAGAGCAGGAGGAAGAAGACUUGUACUACGGCUUGCCAGAUAGCCCCGAGGACCCCCUCCCAGACAAAGAACUGGUCUUCGAGCUGGAUGCUCAGGGCUUAGAUGGAGCUGCCCCUGGGCGCUAGCCCAGCAUCAGCCACUAGCCCUGUAUGAUUUCACAGGGCCUCCAUUUCACUGUCUGCAAAAUGGGGUUGUAUGGAAGUUUGGGUGAGAUGGUGGAUCCUGGGGCACCUGGAGAGCUGUAAAGAGACCGGAAGGGAAGGGAUGAUUACUUUCAACAGACCAUUGCUGUUCUAAUUGUUACCCUGGGGGUUAAAGCUUUGAAGGUAAAAAUGUACUUCUUUGAGGGGAUUUGCAACAGCUGGGGCCCUCAAGAAGCUUCUCUGCCUCCCCCCAAAGCUGGUCUCGGAACAGGAGCCCUCCCUGUGGCUACGCCCGGUUCUCUGACCUUCUGGGAAGGCCCCUCAGGGUCCCUGUUCCUGCUGAGCCGGGUACGGGGUGUGAUUUGUCUUCACCCACAGCUAACCGCGCGUCCCUGUCCACGCCCUCCUGGGGCUCCUACUGCUCAGGGACCCAAACCCUUCCAGGACUGACCUCUGCUGACCUCCCAACGGACUCCCCCUGUCAGCCCCAUGCCGCACCCUCUGCCCUUCACACUCGCCGUGCUGCCCCAGCCCUCCCGUGUGGUCUGCCUGGCAAACUUGAGCUGCUCUGCCGGACCCCAGCGCACACAUCCCUCCUCUUGAAAGCCUUUCCUGAGGUCACAGCCUCCCGGAACAAGUUAGUGGGAGCACGACUUCAAGGCCGGCGCCCUUGCUGCCCUCACGUUGGUGUCUCCCGUGUCCAGAGUCGGUGGUCAUCGAGGGUGUAUGGAACUGACCAGAACCUAGGACACUUUUGCAGAUAAGCCCCUCCUCCACUUCCCUGACUCUCAGACUCCCAGCCCCUCUACGCUCUGGUGUUCAAACUUCCAAAUGGCCUGCACAGGAGUGACGAAGCCAGGGGAAGACCCCCAGAACAGCCCCCUCCCUGCAGAAUACAUCCGCAUUGGCCUAGGACUGCGGGUGAAAUGACACCUCCUGCAUUAAUUUGAUUCAGGUGGCAUUUCCUGAGCACGUACUAUGUGCCAGACACUAAGCCAGAACCUUUGAGGGGGGAGAGGCAUGAACUGAUGAACAGCUCUUGCCUUCAGAGGACUCACAGUCCAGUGCACGUAGUGUUUCAUAAGUGAGGGGCAGAGUGCAGAGCAGGAGCCAGGGUGGAAACAGACAUUACAGUAAAGAAUUGGUGUCCCAGAGGCAGCAGAGAGACGUCUGGGGACAGCAGUCUGCAGCCAACAACUCCGCCUGCUCAGCAGCCCCGGAAGACUUCACUGUGGUGUAGCAUCACCCAACGUAAUGCUUUUCGUUUGCUGCUCCCUGCUCCGCCCCUCCGCACCCCAGCUCCGGGACUGCGGCAGCUGCUUCAGAGGAAGGGGCAGUGGCACUACCUCAAACCAGGUCCACACAAAGGAGCCCCCUGGGCCGCCUGGGACGGGAGACCUUCUCUUGGACUGCGCCUCUGGGUCAGGGCUGGGAGACCCCGCAGCGGGGACCGGGAAGCCCUCCGUGCUGGGUCAGAAGGGCACAGCCCCGCCCCCAACACUCCCUCAUCUUUCCCGGUCGUUAUCGGCACACCCCCUGCGCCCCGGCCGCAGAAGACAUUCCCACCCGUGACCCGAGUGCGCGGACUGGGUGAGGUGUAGUGUGUUUCUGUGCUCCGUUCACUACGGUGGGGGGAGACGACCUGAAUCAGAAGCCGCACCAGCACGAAUAGUUGAAAUAAAAACGUCGUCAACAUCGAAAGGGGUCACCUUCACUCACCUGCAAAUUCUUUUAUGUGAAACCACCUGUUCCAGCCUCUGGGGUAAAUGAGGCAUCGUGCCUGGCGGGUGGGACGGGCACCCUCCGGGAAGUGAGUGAACAUCAAACACCGCGGUGUGACCACACGAGACAGCUGUGUGGUGUGCAGUCUCCCCGAGUGGCCCCCGUGUUCCUGAAUCGUCAUGGCGGGGCAUUCCCCAGACUUUACCCAGAAAACCAAGGGCCUCUGGCUUCAGGCCCACCAGAGGGAGACACCAACCGCGUCUCAGGAAGCCCCGCCAAGGGCUUGGGGCAGCGGAGGGAGAAGGUGAGACUGAGGUUUUGCCUCCAGGCCCGGAUCCCCACCAUCUGCUGUGUGGUGGGGAGACAAGACGCCUGCCCAGAACAGUCCUGGUCUACGCCGACUGUCCCCGCUCAGUUACCAGUGGUGCGCCCUUUCACUCUCAAAGAUAUCCCAUUUGGGUGAUAAACUCUUUAUUCCCCCUACUCUGUGACCUUGGGCAAGUCAGGCUGCCUUUAUGUACCUCGGUCCCCUCAUGGGCAAAGGGACAUGAUGGGCCCCGGCUUUGAUCUUUGCAGGGGUCAGGCGGUGGGGGUAUCUGAUGGAAUCCACCUGCCAGAGCCUGCAGGUGACUGCCAGGAGCUCACCUGUAGCUCAUAGUUGGGUUCAUUGCUGAUUGCAGUGAGAAGAACAAACCCCAGGGGGACCGUCUCUGUAGGAGGGUGUGAGGAUCUGGGCUUGUGGGAGGUGGCUUGGAGGAGGGUGUGAGGCAGCAGGACUCUGCUCUGGAUCGGAUGCUGUCGACUCUGCCUCUGCAUCGGAUGCUGUCAGAGCAGGGCUGGUUCUAGGAUGCGGCACCCGGGUCCCUCAAUCUCGCAGGGGGAAGACCAGCCCUGAGCUGAAGCUGUAAGUGGCCAAGAAGCAGCUGUCAUCCUCCAGCCAGGAGAGGAGGAUGUAGAGUGACUGUGGUGACCAUGACAAUGGUCGUGUUUUGCCUGUGCUUGGUCAUGGCUACCGAGGGGCCUCGACUUGUCUUGACCCAUCAUGGUCAGAGAGUGGCCUUGUCCGUGAACUUGCUCACGUUCUACAGAGCACCAGGCCCAGCUGUGAGGGCCGGAGGCUCCUGGCCAUCAGGCUGCUGCUGUUCUUCCUCUGGGCUCAUUGCUUGGGGGCUCUUCCUCAGGGGCCGCUAGUGACCAUGGUGAGGGGGUGGGGGGUAGAAUGUGUUGUGGAUUUCAUUUGAAAAGAAGGGUCAGUGGCUUUUUAAAAGUGUGAACAGCACAUGUGCUGGGGCCCUUCUUCCAUUCCGCUCUGGCCAUUUCAAGCUCCGUGGUCUGUCUCACCAGCUCAUUGCAUCUGAAAUCCCACCAUUGUGCCCCUUUCCUUGGCCUUGCCACCUUUCAGUCCCCUCUAAGAACACGGGCCCCUGGGAUGGUCCCUCGAGCUGGCGGGUGAAUUGGGCGGGUGAGAGCUCUUUCUGCAGGAUUCCAGGACAGGUGCAGUGCAGAAGGGCCCGGAGGAGCAGCCUUGGCAAACCCCGGGAUUCCGCGUGCAGCCGCAGGCUCCGAGUUUGUGUGCCAUGGCAGAAAUUCUGCUCUUUUCACCCUCCUGUGAGGUCAGAGGGACUGUGAAAGUUUCCACUCUCCAGGGGAAAAGGCCCUGGAGGGAUGCAGGGAUGGAGGGGUGGCCCCUGUCCUUACCUGGGAAAGAGAGCAGCCCUGCGGGCAGGGAGCUUGGGUUCCUCCUGACUGCUUGCCGUGACUUUGGGCAUGUCACAGCCCUUCUGGACUUCUGUCCCUGUUCUCUGUAUGACUAGGUGGAGGUGGGCAAGAUGCCAAUUCUCCCCGUCCUUAAGCCCUGUGCUGGGCACCCUCACACCUACUACUCUCUAUGGUCCUUGCAGCAGCCCUGGGAAGAGAUCUGUUGACCCCACACUGUAAAUGUUUGCUCUGAAUCCCAGAUUUUGGAGUCAGAAAAACUCAGGUUUGCUCUCAGCCUCUGUGAGUUCCCUGCUGUGUGACCUCAGACAAGUCACUGGCCCUCUCUGAGCCUCCACACCCACAUUUAGGCAGUGGGGAGGACACUUCCUACCUCUCAGGCUGUUGUAAUGGAAUAAAUGGACAAGAUGCCUUCUGCACGUCGUAGGUGCUCAAACAGUGUCAGUCUCCUUCCUUCCCUCUCCGGGUCUCAGUUUCCUCAUCUGCACAGGGGAGAUCAAGUCUGUCCUGCUUAUGAAUCUGUAUGAGUGGAUUCAGUGAGCCAGGUGCCAAGGGGCAGGUCAGCGGACAGCCAGCAACAGGGAGCUAAGGCAGGAAUGAAAUCCCUUCAGGAUGGGGAGGAGGGGCGGAGUGCUCAGUGAGAGUGGCAGUGCUCUGAUUGCGAGGAGGAGAAGCAGGAUUGCUCAUGCCUGGUCAGACAAAAGUUACUGAGCAUGUGCUGAGUAUCGGGCUGCCCACGUUUAUUAGCUUACUGAAUUGAACCCUCGCACCAGCCCUGAGAGAGGGCCAUUCCCGGGUCGGAGCUGGGAUUCAAGCAGGGUUCCCUGUGCCUGCUUGUUCCACUCUGUCACCUGACCCACAUGUGUGAUGACUCAAUGAUGCCCUGACUGUGCUGUGCUUAUGUGGUCUCAUGUUAUUCUCAAAACCUGCAAGGCUGGUGUGUUAUCCCCAUUUUACAGAUGAGGAAGCUAAGGCGCAGAGAGGUUGAAUAAUUUGCCCACCCUCCCAUAGAAGAGUUAAAUGGAGAGGGGGAGGUAUAGCAAUAGGACCUUUGAUUCCUGUCAGGGACUGUCCAGUAAUCCCAGGUCAUUCCAAGCCCAGUGAGCACAGGACAAAGACAUCUAUCAACAAACCAGGCAGCAAGGUUCCAUUGAGCACCUACUUGUGCCUUCUCCUGCACUAGUGCUGAGGGCAGACACCCCCUGCUCCCACACCUUCCAUGACUCCCUAUUGCCCAGGGGAUAAGGCCAGAUUUCUGAGCUUGCAUUUUGAGGCCCUUUCCAGCUGAUUUGUCUACCACUCCCUCCUAGGCAGCAGCCAUGGGUACACUCAUCCUUCACGCUAUCCUGCCUGUUUCCUCUGCCUGAUGCCCUUCAUCCUCUUCUCUCUCACCCCUCAGGACCUGGCUCAAUUCCACCAGUUCCCUGGAGCCUCACCUGGCCCUGCUCUCCCCUCGUGCGGCAGGA